GGCAGUGACGUCUUACGUUGGUUACGACAGGAGACUGUUAGCAGCUAUUUACUUGCUAGUUUGCUUUAUGAAACAAACAUUUAGCAUUAGGUGGGCCAUGAGUAUAUCUGGGAGUAAACAAAGCAAUAAAAUGAUCCUGCACAACUAAGGAAUCAGUAAUGCCAUAGAAGAAGGAGGAACUGCCAAUCUCCUCCACCGGAGGAGAGGUUUUCCUAGAAAUGGCAACUGAACUUCAUGAGACCAUAUUUAUGGCCAAGCAGGAGCGCCACAAAAACCUGUUUCUUAACUACAAGAACCUAAAUAUUUUCCCCGUAGAGCUGCUCAAAGAUGAAGGCCUGCAGUUUCUGGAGAGACUGUACAUGAAGAGAAACUCACUCACAACACUGCCUGACAAUCUUGCCCAGAAGCUCCCCAAUCUAAUUGAACUGUAUUUGCACUCUAACAACAUAGUAAUUAUUCCUGAAGCUAUCGGAAACCUGGCCAGGCUACAGUCGUUGGACCUGAGCAAUAAUGCCCUCCAGCUCCUGUGUCCAGAGAUCGGCCGAUUGAGAUCUCUACGGCACCUGAGACUGUCCAAUAACCAGCUGAAAUGCCUUCCUCCAGAGAUCGGUGACCUGCAGGACCUGGAGACUCUUGACGUGUCAAUGAACCAGCUGAUGUCUCUACCAGAUCGGCUGCACCGCUGUCUCUCCCUACAGAAUCUGACAGUGGACCACAACCUGCUGAGCCACGUUCCCCGACACCUCUGCUGGCUCCACCGCCUCAACCAGCUUUCCAUGGCCGCCAACAGGCUGACAUUUCUACCGCUCGAUCUGGGCAGAUCGCGGGAGCUGCAGUUUGUGUUUGUGGACAACAAUGUGGACCUAAAAGGCCUCCCCUCCUACUUGUACAACAAGGUCAUCGGCUGCAGCGGGUGCGGUGUGUCAUCUCAAACACUGGAGGGAGACCUGGGUGAAGUGCUGGGUGAGGCGCUGAGUGAGGCCCUGGUCAGGCUGCCGGCUGAAGUGAAGGUGGUGGCCUCGGAGACGGAUAACAUUGUUCCCCUGGAGGAGCUGGCUAUGAGGACCCUGCACCGCAUCUAUCACAGCCGUCCAACAGACCUCAGCUUGCUGCCCCCCAUCACCCUCCCAAAGAGCCUCCUCGACCUGCUGCAGUUCCCACUGGGUCACUGUCACCGUUGCAGUCAAGCCAUGUUCACCAUCAUCUACCCCAAACUCUUCCCCCUCCGUGACACCGCCCUGGCAGGAGUGCACCGCAGGACGACUGUGAGUUUUGUGGCCUACUGCUGCUCCAGUCACUGCCUCCGGACCUUUGACCUCCAGGGGUGACAUCAACAGCUUCUCACUGUCCAUCUCCACUCAUGAGCUGUUGAUUGGUUUCCAGAAGGCGGCAGGUAAAGUUCUGUCAGCUGGCAGUGAGCAGUGGAUCUUUAAGGUCUGGGAGCGUCGAUGCAGGAGCUCUGUGCUUGAUGGCUAUACAAAGGACCACACAGAAGCAGCCCGAGCGGAUGUUCGGUAGGUCAGAUGAUGGACACACGGCUCGUUAGGAAACAUUUCAACACUUCGGACAAAGACUCAAACCAUACGUGAUGUUCCAAAGCCCAGUUGACUGGGAGCAUAAUAUUCUGUGUGUGGCGGGGGUCACCAUAAUGACUGUGUAUGUGUGAACAGUGCACCACAGCUCAUUCAGCUAGAUCUGUCCAGAAACAACAGUAUUAGAGCUAUGCUAACUUCACACCCCCUACUAACAGACUGGCACUUUUAAGAAAAAAAACACUUUUUGAUUUUGUGGAAUGAGUAAUUUUUUCACUGAAGUUUUUUGGAGCAGACAUGUUCCCCAUUGAUUGUGAAGUCAUUUUUGAGGUAUUAACAUUUAUAGUAUGGCUUGUUUUACUGAUUAUUAAAGAACAUUUGAAGGGUUCUAAUAUAAAAGAAUGUAUCUGUUUGAUAUGUCUUAUUUUCAGGAGUAGGUGUGGGUAGUUGUUACAUUUAUGCACCAACAGAAGCCAAACACUUAUGUCUCGCAUACAGUAAAAAAUGGAAAUGAAAAAUCUACAUUUGGGACAAGACACAUGUAAACACACCACACUGCAAAUUCAUGCUUGUAGUUGUUUUGGGUUUGUAAAGUUAAAGCUCCACUCAGUGAAAAGAGCCAACAGGUUGUCAGAGUUUGGAUUGUCAGUCAUGUUGCAGGGUAAAUUUUAAGUUGUGACUAAUUCUGGAGCAGCAUUUCAUAAGUUAACAUGUUAACAAGCUAUGUGUCUUUUUGUCUUUACAAGCAUUAAAAUAUUGCACUGUGUAAAAGUUUCAUGAACCAAAAAGUCAAAUUGUUCCAACUGCACUUGUUUAGAAAUAGUGUCCACAAAUGUUCUUAGUUUUUCUGUCAUUGUCUGAAGAAAAAGAGUUUUGAACAUUUCAGAGUCACUGUGAUUCUCUUGUUGAACUGACGCUUGUGUGGUUUGAUGUUUGUUACUAUGAUGUACAGUUCUAAUUUAUCUUUUGUUUUGAUUGUAUUGCAUUUGGCAGUAAAUGUUGACUGAAAAACGUCA